GUAAAAACCACUGACGUCGAAGUGCAAUGGCGGAAGGGGAAGAACGAAUGCAUGGUAUCUACAUUUUUCCAAAUGGUGACAAAUAUGAAGGGGAGAGCAGCAGAUCUGAAUCAGGGGUUAUGAUGAGAAGCAACACUGGUGAAUACAUCUCAGCUGAUGGUGUCACAUAUACCGGACAGUGGCACGAAGACAAAUUUGACGGCAGAGGGACUCUGAGACACCCCUGUGGUGCAGUUUAUGAAGGAGAAUUUAAAGACAACAUGUACCACGGCACUGGAACAUACACCUUUUCUGAUGGCUCCAUUUACACCGGUCAAUUUGAGAAGAACAGGCUUGUGGGAGAAGGGACGCUCACAGACACACAAGGGUCAGUUUGGACGGGAAACUUCAACAGCAAAACAGUGCAUCUCAAAAUGUAUCGUGAUGUUGAGAGUACUGCAAAAUAAGCAUUGCUGUAUUGUAGUACUCGUGUAUUAUAUAUGCUUAAGAAUUACAACAUGAGAAAACCAAUAUUCUGUUCAUUUAUUGUUCUCUUAAAGGAGUCAUAUUGUGUAAAACUGUUUUCUAUACCUUUUACAGUUAAACACAGUUGAGACUUUAUAUUAAACAUCCUUAAAGUUCCACAAUUCUAACUGAAGGAAAUUGCCAACUGUAAUCACAAUUUAGACAUGAAACGGCUCAUUUUAGACUUCUGUUACAUAUGUCAUAGAUGUCUAUCUGCACUCAUUUACUCUGUGAUACACACCCACUCCCCUCAAGACUCCUGUGCAGACUAGCUGAGUGGGUGUGACUCACACAGCAAGCAGGGGUGCACAUUUGGACUUCCAUGACAUAUGUCACAUUUUAAAUUUUAAAACAGGCUGUUUCAGGUUUAAAUCCAGCUAAAAGCAGGAGAAUUUUUAUGCAGGCAGUUUUUAAAUUGUGGUUCUUUGAGUAUGUUUAAUGUGAAAUUACAGCUACAUGUAAGAGUAAGCAUUAGAUAUACUCACAACCUCCAUCCAAAGAGUAUGUAUUGAGUUUGUGAGGCACUGCAAGCAUCUCUUUUUACAACCUUCAUUUCCCACAAAAACGACACUUUAGUGCGUUUUGCUUUUCCACAGAAGCAAAAGGUGUAUUACAGUCUAAACAUCUGUGAAUAAAUGCAUUAACUACCAGUUUGAAUGUUAUUUUAUUACAUUGAGAUUUGCUACUUUGUUUCAAACCUUGCAUGUUUAUAGCAGAGGACCCCUGUAAAAAUACAAUACCUACUAAAACCAUAAUCUGCAACUCAACGCUGCUAUAAUAAAAUGUAACAAAUUACCUUUUUUUUGUUCAUCUGCCAAAUGCGUUCAAAAAUCGUCAAUACAACUUUCAUUCAGGUGUAUGCCGCAAACCAACCAUCAUCAAUGUAAAACAAAUAUAAAGAAAAUAAAAAGCCAGCUUGUACUGUGAUGACCGCAUUAAAAACUAAAUGACAUUAGUAAAAUAUUUCAUUGUUUCACUGCAAUAAUUUCCCCCUUUUCAAACAAAAUUUAAAUCAACUGUAAUCUAAAUAAUGGUUUGAUGCUUUUCCCAUUAUUUACAGCAGUAAGCGCAAUUAGAAACAAAUUUCUUUCUGGACUGACAAAAAUUGCACAUACAGAUAGCAAUAUUUUUGACUCAUCUUCACUCAGCAGAGUUCUGAGAGAUCUAUAGAAUUACUUCUACAGUACUUGUCCCUGUCAGAGUGAAGGACACACAUUUCUCAGCUAGCUAAUCAAACAGCGACAUGACACACAUUGCAGUUCAUAACAGAACCAAUCAAACAUCAUGUGUUCAACAUAUUUUAAUUAAUAAGCAACUCUGAUAUUGCAGUUAUCUUGAAUAAUGCCUCUAUUGAUCAGUAAUUGCACAUACCCCUGAACAUAUUCAUCUGGACUAUAUGGAAAUGUAUACAACAAAAGAGCACAUACAGUAACAUCCAUAAAAUACAUCUGCUAAAAUAUGCUGCCAGAAUACGACAAACAUGAAUUUUUAAUGAUUGUACAGCUUUUUUUUUCCAGGUAGAAAGUAUUUUGUAUUGCAAACCUUCAUCAGUGACUUGGUGGCAGGCGGACAGCGUUAACAAGUCAAUAAAGGAUACGGCAACAUAAAAAUGCCCAAAAAAAAAGUGGCACUGAAAUUUGGCACAAUGCACCUGAACAUUAAACUUAACCGACAAAUCCGAUGAGUCGUGUUUCGUGCCUUUGCAGUAAAUGUUUCAGUGCUCCAGGUGUUUUCGUCACAACAAUACUGUGCUAAUAAAACCUUUUCUUUUGUAUCUCCACAAACCUGAGUAUUUAUAAAGUGUACAUAAGUGUACAUUACUUUCAAAAAUGUUGGCUUCAGAG